GGUUUGUUGAGACCCACUGGAACGCCCCCUGUCCAAGACUCCAAUGCGCCAGCCAGGACUGCAGUACAUGUACCAUCUGGGUCACCUUGGCGUCAUUCAAGGGCCCUGAUCAGGUCCUGACUUAGGCAUCUCUUUACGUCCUGGACGGUAUCACAAGGACGCUUGUUGACUGAAGAACUUAACAUAACUCAUGGAGGGAGCUCGUACAAGACCAUGACCUCUAGAAAGCGCCCUAGACCUGGCCCCUCCGAUAACAGCCGCAAAGACACCGUGCCGCCAGAUACCGGAGUUGCGUCACUGGUUCCGAGCGCAUCAUCUUCACAUGGGAUGUCACCCACCAAGCCAGGUCAUUUGAACACGUCCACCAGCACCUUUUCCCGUAAUGAAAAAAAGGUCCGAAAGACAAAGAGCUGGUAUGGCUCAUGGCCUCGCGUUUCCAAGUCAUCUCCUUCGAUUCAGGUAGCUCGGGAGAAUAUAAUGGGCGAUACUCGUCGGUCGGAAGCUGCAGCAGACUUCAGCCGUUUCGAAACGAAUAAGAAAGAGGCAUCUACACAUUCGGUUGGCCAGUCUACAGGGACAUUGCGCACAGAUACCGAAACCAAUACCAAGACACAGCAAGAUGAGUCGGUGUCUCCCACAAGACCACAGGAAAUACCGAGCAUGGGUGAUGGACCAGCGGAUGAAGAUACGGAGAGAGGGCCAGAAAACUCUAGUGAAGGUUUAGAUGGACCUGGUCCAUCCGAAGACAUUACUGCAAACUCCACAGGCUGGUUAUCAUGGCUAAGUCGGUCGACGCCCCAGCAGCAGAACGGACCAACAAAUGACAACACUGAAGGCAGCCAAACUGGUCCAGUGGCAGCGCAACCUCCACAACAGCUUGAAAAUCAUCACGCUGAGUCGCUACAAGAGACCUCUCAACCAACGAAACAACCAGGCCCGUGGUUUGGAUUCUGGUCAUCGUCAACCAACGCAACCACCCAGGAGACUGGAAAACAAGCGUUGAAGAAUGAAGUGACUGUAGCCGAAGAGUCCAAAGUCCAGGAGAAUGGGGAUGUUGCCAUGCAAGAUGCUCCAAUGCAAUCGGCCCCAGCACCAGCACCGGUACCUGCAACAACUCAACCAUCAGCGGGCUCAACGUGGGCUUUCUGGUCUAGAGAGCCGGCUAAGAAAAUAGAUAGAGAGGCAUCAUCAUCCGAACAAGGUGAAUUAGCAGUUAUGGGCGAUGGUUCGGAAACGCAUCCAAGAAAAUCUAGCAUUGAGGUCAGCGAAGAAAAUAGUAACAAGAAGGAGCUGUUGGCCAAGCCUCCUCAGGACCGGCUACAGAAGGAUGCUCGGAGGACAAAAGCCAAAAGAAACCGACCACAAUCCAUGGACAUAGAUGAGCCAGCCACAGUUCGGCCAGGAACACCCGAUUCAGAAGUGACUGUCAAGAACUUGCCGUCAAAACCAGACACGACUUCGACCCAUAAGGCGCUUCCUCCCAAUUUACUUUUGCCAUCUUUCAAGGCCACUUACCGUAUGAAAGAGAAUCCUUCAAUCAUUAAACAAAUUGCACAGUUCUUGCUUAGAACGCAGCAGUCGCCUACAAAACAUGUAUUUCUCUCCAAAGAGAUUCCACCGAUCAAGAAAGCUCUUGCUAUUGGCGUUCAUGGGCUGUUUCCAGCCAGUUAUUUGAGACCUAUGAUAGGUCAACCCACAGGGACUUCUAUCAAGUUCGCAAAUCAUUGUGCCGAGGCGAUUCGCAGAUGGACUGAGAGCAAUGGCUCGAGUGAUUGCGAGAUAGAGAAGGUUGCUCUGGAGGGAGAAGGUAAAAUAGCAGACCGAGUCAAUAACUUGUGGAAACUGUUGUUAAACUGGAUCGAGCAUAUAAAAAAUGCGGAUCUCAUCAUGCUAGCUUGUCAUUCGCAGGGCGUUCCUGUCAGUAUUAUGCUUUUAGCAAAACUGAUUGAUCUGGGAGUCAUCACAAACUCACGAAUUGGCGUCUGUGCAAUGGCUGGUGUUUCACUUGGCCCCUUUCCAGACUACAAGUCCGGAAUGGGGAUGUUGAUGGGGUCUGCAGCAGAGCUCUGGCAGUUUGCAGACCCGGAAAGUGAAAUAUCCAAGAGAUAUGAACAUGCGUUGAAGACGGUAGUCGACUAUGGCGCCCGCAUCACAUACAUUGGCAGUCUCGAUGAUCAAUUAGUGCCGUUAGAGUCGGCAUUGUACGGCCCUGCCUAUCACCCUUAUAUUUACCGGGCCGUCUUUAUCGAUGGCCGAAAUCAUGCUCCAGAUUUCAUUGCACACCUAGUGGGAUUUGCGCUCAGGCUCCGUAAUCUAGGGGUUUCUGAUCACGGUCUGAUUCGAGAACUAUCGGUGCCUUUAGCAGGUAGUCUAUAUUCGGGAGAAGGCCAUUCGAGACUCUACGAUGAGGAUCAAGUGUAUGACUUGGCUAUCUCGCAUACACUCGAGACCACGAGUGUUUUCGGUGUCCCUUGUGAUGUUCAAAAGCAUCAGGGACUUAGUAACCCUAAUCCAUAUGUACUUCCAUGGAUUAUGCGAGGUCUUCUCGAAGAGGAUUUUGUUAAACGAAAUUUUGAAGAAACAGAGGAACUACUUAGGCAGUUCGACGACUGGCAACCUACCACGAAAGCGCUGAAGGAUGUGAAAUAUAGACUGGAGGCAGUUAGAUCGAAAUUGUAGGAUUCUUUGGGUGUCUUUUAGAUAUAUAUAAUACUGGGCGGAAUGGCUAGCGAUCAGCACAUCGGGAUCUGGUCUGGGCAAGGACUUAGAUGGUUCAUUUUUACACACGUAAGGAGUUUGGCGUUUAGUGGCCUUUUGAGCCAGUGGUAUAAGGAUGAUGAUUUGGGUUCUUAUGCCUGGCUUGGUAGAUAAAGGAUAUAACAAGUAUGGCCCAACCUUGUCAAUAUGUGACAUGAUAUUCUACUUCUCCAGUUUAUUCUUGGUUAUUAUUUUGUAAUCUUUUCCUUUCAGUUUAUAAGGCAAAUGUGUAGGCCAUUAUUGAGUAAAACAUGUCAGUACGCAGGUUGUUUCAUAUAUAUAUUACCUAUUACUACCUCUUUCGAAGACGUCUCAACCUCUUUAGAUCGCCAGCGCCCUGUAGUCUUGUGAGCCUCAACUUGUCUUAGCCUAAUCAUCAUCGUCACCGCAUCACCGAGCGCUUGGUACCUACCUCUUAAGGGAUAUAUAUCUUGGCGUACGCCCAGCCAUGGGGCACCUCUUUUGUGGAUUAAGUAAGUAUUCGCCUGCUACUGAGUGUACAUGUACCGGUAGAAUCUGAAAAGCACCCCGCCAUCAAAACAGUACCUACCUACACACAAGGGAAUACUAGAAGGGAAAUCCUUAUCGCUUUAUGUCUUAGUAGCGAUAACAGCAAACGCACAGACACGAGGUAUCAACACUCAGCAGACAUGAAGCAAUG